UUUCCUUUUCAUUUGCAGCUUUUCUCUUACUGUUUCUUUCUCACUAUAUCUCAUUUAGGUGCCUCUCACUGCUACUAAAACCUUCAAGGAGUCCAGUCAGUGCCUUCUCUGGCUCCAGUGGAAUAGACUAUUUGAAAGGAAGAAAAACUUAUUUUUCCUCAUGCCAGCUGCGUUAAAUCAAACCUGAUUUCACAAACAAAAGCUUAUUAAAAUGAAAGGGUUCAUUGAAGUAUUAUUCACUUAUUGUCUAUGAAGAAAGAUAGGGCUUCCAAGAAAUCCAUCUUGCCUGGCAUGUUUAUCAAGUUUGUAAUUAAUUUCCAGAACAGCAGCAAGCAAUUCACCCAGUCUUGCAUCCAGUGAUCUAGUGUGCUUGUUGACUGAACAAAUUCAGGCAGCACCUGUUGUGCAUCUCCUGCAAUGGGUGCUGGUAACACUUAGGUAUAAGGUACUCGUCUUCUGUUAUCAAGCACAACACUGUGUAUCCAAACCAUUUAAAGAGUUUCCCCACAGCUGGUUUCUUCAUCUGGAUGAAGGGUCUGAAUGAUUUCCAGCACUGAUGAAAGACCAAUGAUGUAGAUCCAUGUAUCUGGUGUGGAUACAUCCGGGAACACGAAUACAACAAGGGAGCUAUCUCGAGCACAAAGUACCAAACAAAGACAGCAGUGAAACCAAAGCAGUACAAUAAGAACAAACUAGCACUGUGUUACACCCAGGGAAAAUCUGAGUCAGCACUGCAGUGAAUGACAUUCAAACUGGGGUUUUAGAGACCCAAGAAAAUGUUACAAUUUCUGGAAGUCAUAGCAGUUUUCAUGCUUGCUCUCAGUUCAGCACAUGGAGGAGGAUAUGCCCAAAUGAAGUAUGUUAAUCCAAUGAUAAAAGGUCCUCAUGGCGGACCACCAUUCAGAGAAGGUAAAGGGCAGUAUUUAGAGAUUCCACAAGUUUUGCCUGCUGACAUUAAGGGAGAGCCAGGCCCUGCUGGAAAACCUGGACCAAGAGGACCUCCCGGCACACCAGGACCACCAGGAAAGCCAGGAAUUGGAAAGCCAGGACCUCAGGGCCCCCCUGGAAUACAAGGAAUACCUGGAUUUUCAAGUGCCGGAAAGCCAGGUCUACCAGGACUUCCUGGAAAACCUGGCAGUAAAGGACCUACAGGACCACCAGGAGAAGCAGGUCUUAGAGGGGAAAUUGGACAAAGAGGACUGCCAGGACCUCCAGGUUUACCGGGACCAUCAGGGUUGUCAGUAACUGGUAAGCCAGGAUUGCCAGGACUUCCAGGUCAAAAAGGCCUUAAAGGAGAAGCUGGACCAAAAGGAGAAGCAGGAAUAUCAGGUCCCAAAGGUAGCAGAGGUGAAAAUGGUAAUGGAGUCCCUGGAUUAACAGGGACUAGAGGCCCUCAAGGUCUUCCAGGCCCACCUGGUGCCCCUGGUCCAGCAGGAAUUGGAAAACCGGGAUUAAAUGGAAUACCUGGUACUGUAGGUGAAAAGGGUGAGAUAGGAUUUCCUGGUAAUAAAGGUUCUCCUGGAGAGCCUGGUCCUCAAGGCCCUCCAGGACACCCAGGAGUUGAUGGGGUAGGGAAACCUGGUGUUGAUGGGAUUCCAGGAAUACCAGGACCCCAAGGGCCAAAAGGAGAACCUGGAAUAAGAGGACUUCCAGGACCUCCUGGAGUACCAGGAUUUGGAAAACCAGGUUUACCUGGGUUUAAAGGUGACAGGGGACCAAGUGGUAUGCAGGGAGUUCAAGGACCUAAAGGGGAGCAAGGGUUAAAUGGUGAACCAGGUGAAUCUGGCCCACAGGGAAAUCCUGGACCUCCAGGACUUCCGGGACCAAUGGGACUACCAGGAAAACAUGGUUUUUCAGGAAUAAAAGGUGAAACUGGCCCUACUGGCCCCCCAGGCAUCCCAGGGCUUCCUGGUGAUCAGGGUCCAAGUGGUUUUUCGGGAAAACCAGGUAUUUCUGGUGAAAGAGGAUUACCUGGGCUACCUGGGUUGUCAGGCCAACCAGGACAUAAAGGAGAAUCAGGCCCUCAGGGUCCCCCUGGGCCUCCUGGACUAGUUGGUGCAAAUGGACAGAAAGGAGAGCCUGGAAUACCAGGCCAGCCAGGAUCAAGAGGUAUAUCAGGUAUUCCAGGACUACAAGGGCCACCUGGACCCAUUGGUCCUCAAGGAUUACCAGGGUUUAAAGGAGAGCCUGGACUGCGAGGUCCUCCUGGUGAAGGUAAAAUAGGAAUGCCAGGACUACCCGGGCCAAUUGGACCAAAUGGAAUGCCUGGACCACAAGGUUUAUUAGGACCUCCAGGACCACCAGGUCCCCCAGGUCCUCCUGGACCUCCAGGAGUUAUCGAUGAGACAACCAUUGCUGGUCUUCACUUACAAAAUGGGGGAGUUGAAGGUGCUUCUGUUCCAGGAGAUGGUAAAUACGGAAAGCCACAGUUUGGCAGGGGAGAGCUAUCAGCCAGGGUAAUGCCAGCAUUUACUGCCAUCCUCUCAGCAGCAUUUCCUCCAUCAGGAAUGCCAGUCAAAUUUGAUAAAUUGUUGUUCAAUGGUCAUAAUGGCUACAAUCCAUCAACUGGAAUAUUUACUUGUCCAGUUCCUGGUAUAUAUUAUUUUGCCUAUCAUGUUCAUGUGAAAGGAACUAAUCUCUGGGUAGCACUCUACAAGAACAAUGUGCCUGUAACAUACACUUACGAUGAGUACAAAAAAGGAUAUCUAGACCAGGCUUCGGGGAGUGCUGUGCUAGAGUUGAGAGAAAGUGAUCAAGUGUGGAUACAGAUGCCUUCAGAUCAAGCAAAUGGAUUAUACUGUACUGAUUACAUCCACUCCUCCUUCUCCGGAUUCCUGCUUUGUCCUACAUAAUGCUGAGAACAAACAUAUCUAGAGAAUGGCCAUUGUGCUAAUCAAUAUCACUGGUGGACAAAUGGAUUUUAUGUUCUGCACUUCCAUUUGAAAGGCUUAAAAAUAAUCUUGAGUAAUCUUGAGUCAAACAUUAUCUAUCUUACUCAGUAAAGUGUAUCUGACAAAAAUUAAACUCUUACCUGAGUGACUUUACAACACAGCAAAACUUACUUGCAAAGGUUAUUCAUGCAACUAAACUGCUGAGACUAAUUGUAAAGUUUGAUGCUCCAGUAUGCAUUCUGAUCUAAAGUGCUAGUCGGUGUACUUAUUUUAAAGUAGUGUGUUAUGUCAUUUUAUUGAUCAUCUAGCCAUGAUCGUAGGAAUCCAAAUACAGAAACUAUCGUCAACAAAAGAAGAAUUACUCCUUGUUUUAAGAGAAGGACUUCAGAAAGAUUGUACUUUGCAUUUUUCACUGGCAAGUGCCAAUAUGUUCAGGGCAGGAGACAGAAGAAAAAGAAGAGGAAGAAGCAAAGAAAGUAGUUUCUUGAAUAAAGUUUUGUUUCUUGGCCUACUGUAAACAUAAAUUCUACUUUCAAAUGCUGGAGAAAUUAAACUAGGAAGGUCAUGUCCGCCAUAUGUUUAGAUUUUGAGGGAAUCUAGAACUCCAGUGAAGUCCCAUGUGUUAGCUAUUUGUGGUGUUUUAUAUAUAUUUUUCUUCUGCCUCAUGAUAUGAAGAAGUUUUAGUUAAUUGUGUGGGAACAUUUCAUCACCACUUUUAGAAUUCUCGAUGCAAUCUAUUAUAUGUCAUGGUUCUACCCACAAUGAUGCAUUUUACAACUGUUUUAAAGAUUGUGAUAUUAUGUGGGACACUAAAACUUGACAUCUGUAGUCACUCAUCCAAUUCGCAUGUUACCAAGGUGUUACUAUUCACUUUAUUUUUAUUUACAAAUACUGUGCAAUAUGAAUCUUAAAAGUGCAGCAUUUUGAAUUCAGAUUUGUGUAUUUACGGUAUUAGGUAUUUUCCUUUUGUUCAUUUAUUGACACUUUUUAUUGAUAAAGCUUGAAUUUAUAUUGUUUUGGACCUGGGUUACAAGAUUACUGACCAUUUAUAUUAAUAAAAUGUCUUUAGUUAGUGAAUAAAGUCUAUUAAACCUGAGGCACACAUUAAGCUCUUUCUAUUGGUAUGAUUGGAUGUUGUGCCAUUGAUUAGCAUAGAUGGCAAACAACAAGUACAUCUUCCAGUAUGUGACAAGACUCUUGCAAUCUAAAGUUAACAGUGCUGCAUAACUAAGAUUGUUAACCAUUUUCUUGAGCAUAGGUUUCAAAAUUCAGGAAACUAAUUUGCAGUGUAUUCUAAUAAAGCAAGCAGUAAAUGGUGCAUUAGAAAGAAUAAAAUAGCUUAAGGUUAUUAAACACCUUAGAAUAUGAUUAAUGGUGCAGCCCAAGAUGAUCAAGCUACAGCAGAAGGGAACACUGACUAAAACAGCUAUGGUAGUAUUUAUAUACUUGGGAGCUGUGGUCUACAAAUCAGAAAAAAAUAAUUAUGCAGUCUAUCACACAGUACCAACAACGGCAUGAUGCAAUGUCACUAGGUAGUGCAUUUGAAAGAGGCAUUAAAUCUUCUGCAUUGGGAAGAUGGUAAAAUUAUUUUUCAGAAGUAAAAGCAGAAAAAUACCUUUUUGUACACAGGCAGAUAAAAUUAAAGUGAGUCACUCAGUGUAUCCUUGUUUUUCUUCUGCUGUAUUUGGUUUCCACUUGGCAGUGGGUCCAUGACAUAGUAUUAAGCAUGUUACUACCAAAGCUCAGUUCACCAAAAAUAACAGACACAAAUCUAAAAUGCACAAAAACUGAAUGAGACCAAAUCUUAAUUCAUGAGUAUGCAGUAUAUACAGUACACAACUGUACGUGUAACUUUUUUUGGAAAACAUAAUUUGGUUAAAUUUUGCUUAUUAUGUUUUGUUUGCCUUUAGGAUGACAUUAUAACUCAGCAUAACUGCUACUUAAGAGGAGAUGAAAUGCAAACUGAAUGCCAGAUAAAUGCAACAAUAAGAAAAAGCUUCUAGUUUUUAAACAUAUUUUGGCGAGUCAAGUUUUCCUUUACCUUGUCAUGAGUAAAACCAUGCAUUUGACUUCCUCCAAGAUUAUAUCAUUUUAAAGUUAAAAAUCUAGGGUAAUUGGGAUAUGGAUGACAUAGCCCCCCAUACUGUGGUUGUAGAGGAGGUUUAUUCCUCCUGAAAAAUACUUUAUGUAGUUGUAAAAGCUGGUUCUCCUUCCAUAGACUGAAUUUUCUGUUACUGAAUCCACAGAAGCAGAAAAGUAAGCCUGAAAUUCAUAAACAAGUGAAUGAAUUGCUGUCAGAGAGACCUGAAUAUAAAGAAUGAGUGUUGACAUGGUCAGUGAAUCCAAGCUUAUGAAAACCUCAAAACUAGAUUUUGGAGUGGAAUCAAGCCCCACUGCACCUUUCCCAUGUGGCUCUGUACCACCCAAUUCCUACUACUAAUGUUCUCAUUCUGGAAUAUGCUCAUCCAGGAUGAAUGCACUAUUUGGUCUACAUUCAAAAUCAAACAGUGCAUUUUGCUCUGAGGUCAUACAAUCUCAGAGUGAGACUAUACCUGUGAAGGCAUGGAGGGAGACAACUCCAUAUGGUUGUUCUAGCUUGUUCACUGCAAAAAUACCUCAUGUAUUUACCUUCUUGUUUUUCUCACUUACGUUGAAUGGCAUAAUCUUUACAAAUCCUAUUAUGUUGUAUCACUUUCUUUGCAAGAUUACAUUUCCAUUAUGUGGUGCUCCUGCAGUUAUAGUAUAUAUGAAGCUUAUUUUCAUUUAGUGUUUAAUUUAUGUUCUCUUUUAGAUUAUUUACUGCAGAUUUUCCAUUAGGGAAAUGAAAUUACAUUGUUUGUGUUGAAUAUUGGUCAGGUUAGUGUUGCUGGUUGCUUUCUGUUGCCUUUCUUGGUUUUAUAUAUGCAUAGCACCUUACAAAUUAUGUUUGAAAUCUAUAUUUUCAAUGCAGUUGAAGCAGUAAUUACAAAGCAGUAUCUAUAUCUUUGAGUUCAUUGUUCUGUGUUUUAGCUUUUAGGGCAUCCAGUCUUUUUGUAUUUUGACAAUUUAUCAUUCAGUUUAUGGAAGUAGAACCAUAAAGACUGCAUAUUCAUCACAAUUGUUGAGAAAUAUAAAGAGUUAUACUCUGAAAGUGUUUUCGGUUCUGCAAUUUCACUUUUCAGUGGUAUUCAGUGAUAUGUUUGCUGGAUUAACAAUUACUAUUGAGAAGAUCCGUAUUGUGUUAUGGGCUCCUUGGUUGCCCAUCAUAGGUUUCCCCGGUUAUACCAAGUGCCUGUCAUAACACUUUUAUCUGACUAGGCUCUUCUAUUAAUCAUUCAAGCACAAACAAAUAAAUUAUUUAUGACAUUUUGAAUGUCUGAAUUUUAUAUAUGCACUGUGCCACAAUGUGAGGUGUAUUUCCAGGAUAAGCAAAGACACAACAAAACUUUUUUAUUCAGCUAUUUCUUGUUGUACAGAGCUUGCAUAAAUAUAAUUUAUUAGCAUAGCAUCUCAUGCUAAAUUUUAUACUGUCAUUCCAACUUUUAAUACCAACAAUGAAUACAUUAAUGCAGCAGACACCACCUGAUUAAGACACACAGACUGGUCAAAUGAACAUAUCACUGCAGACAUAAUGCACCGAUUUGUCUGAAAAUUCAGUUCUAGAUAAUUUCUUAGGAAAAGAGAAAUUAUAGUCUUCAUACAGUUCAAUAACAGAUUGCUUUUUAAGAAAAAAUGAACAUUAAAAGAAAUGUUAUUCUUCAGUACAUUUUAUUUCAAUACAUCACGUGUUGGAACUGGAAAAGCACUGCAAAAUUAGGAAAAUAUAUCAAAGCAACAAACAUUUAUAUAAGGAAGGUUUACAGGAUAGGAAUUUUUCUUGUGCCUCUUCAUCCUUAUUUCUAAUUCAGUAUCAUCUUCAUUUCUAAUCCAGUAUAUAGGCUGCUUAGUUUUGUAAAUGCCUAUGACAUGCACUGUCUGUAACUUGGUUAAAAUGCACUCCUUGUUUUGUUAUGAUUGAAAACUUGGAUUUUUUUUUCUUCUGAACUAAACUACAUACUUGUUUGUAUGAAUACAAAAUUUAAUAAAAAUAUAUUUUACAAGACGUA